AUGACAUUAAAAAGUGAACAUUCCAUGCAGCAAACGAACGUUGUCGAUUUGUUGCAAGACACUCUUGCCAGGUACAAAGAGAUAUCGUUCACAGAAGUUCAGCAUAAAAUAAUAACAGAACAGAAACGGAAAAAGUUGAUCUACGCAACGGCAAACGCCUUUCAGACCUUUGCUCUCAGAUAUGGCCGACACCAUCUGAACGAAUCAAAGCCAUGGAUAAGGAAGAGUUACGAUAAAAUCCGCGUUCUUCGUAUUCGGAAGAUUCGUCCACUAGACUUAGAUGACUUUCGCCUCGGUGAGUCAAUAGGUGAAACUGUCAACAUCCCAUCCGUCAACUUUAAAGAAAAGGGUUUAGUGAUUGUCGGAAUAGUGUAUAGAGACCUACAUGAGCUACUCGGAGAAAGAGAAUCAAACGGCACUACAUCAAAGAAGAGGAGGCGUCUCGACAGCUUGAUAAUGGCAGCUGCAAUGGAUCCGAAGCCAAAACGUUUGAAACGAAAUGUCGUCCUGAAGUUUAGAAACCGACGGCGAUGUACAUCAGCCCCUGUCUCAAGUGAGGUUUAGUCUUGCUGCCUCUCUGGGACUUGGUCAGAUCAUGUUUCUUGCCGGAAUCAAUGCCACACAGGACAAAGGUAUUUGUGUCGCAGUGGCAGCCUUGAUGCAGUAUUUUUUCAUGUCAGCUUUUUUUUGGAUGCUUGUUGAAGGAAUUUAUCUUUACCUGUUUGUUGUCAAAGUUUACAAUAUAGAUGAGAGGAUGGCUUUGUACCAUGCUUGUUCAUGGGGUCUCCCAGCCGUUUUGGUUAGUAUUUCGCUGAUAAUUGCUUCAGCAAGAGAGGAAAUCGAUAGUUUCAUCAGCAAAGAAUAGUAAGCAUUCCAAUCUCCCGGUUAGCUAA